UAAGGCCGCUGUUCUGUCAGCCGCUAUUAUAUAUAGUUGGUUCAUUAUAGUGCAGACAUUAGUGUGCCGCGCGAUAACCGAAGAGGAUCAUCGUUGAUAUCAUAAUUCGUUUUUAUCGAAAUUAACGUUUCGCGUUAUAAACUUCCUCACGAUCACCUUGUCUUAGUUUUCAAUCAACUAGUUUUCCCCAACUACAUUGACCAAGAGUAAGGUCUUCAAAAUGGUAUUCAGACCAAAAGUAUAUGUUAUUGGCGUCGGUAUGACGAAAUUUGAAAAGCCAGGAAGGCGAGAUGACUUCGAUUACCCACAAAUGGCUAAGGAAGCAGUAAUAAAAGCUUUAUCCGAUGCCAAGGUUUCUUAUGCAGAAAUCAAAGCAUCAGCUGUUGGUUGGGUUUACGGAGACUCAACUUCUGGUCAGCGAGCUCUUUACGAAGUUGGACUCAGUGGCUGUCCAAUUUACAACGUGAACAAUAACUGUUCUACUGGUUCAACUGCUCUCAUGGUCGCUAAACAGAUUGUUGAAGCUGGAAAUGGAGACUGUGUAUUAGCUCUUGGUUUUGAAAAAAUGGAACGUGGCUCUCUUGGUAGCAAAUUUCAUGACAGAACUAAUCCUAUGGAUAAACAUGUUGAGCUAAUGGCUGAAUUGGCUGGAAUCAAUGAAAGUCCAAUAACUGCUCAGAUGUUUGGUAACGCUGGACUGGAGCACAUGAAAAAAUAUGGCACAAAAGCAGAGCACUUUGCUAAGAUUGCGUACAAAAAUCAUUUACAUUCUACCAACAAUCCAUAUUCACAAUUUCAAGAGAAAUACACUCUGGAAGAGAUCAUGAAGUCUCCAACAAUCUUUGGGCCAUUAACCAAGUUGCAAUGCUGUCCCACAUCAGAUGGUGCAGCUGCAGUUGUUCUUGCCAACGAGGAAUUUGUUAAAAGGCAUGGACUGGAAAAACAGGCUGUAGAAAUCGUUGGCAUGGAAAUGUCAACGGAUACACCAUCAACUUUUUCUGAUAGGAGUUGUAUGAAAGUUGUUGGGUACGACAUGACGAAACAUGCGGCGGAAAAGCUAUUCACCAACACCAACUACCGGCCGAUGGAUGUUGACGUGGUGGAACUUCAUGACUGUUUUUCAGCCAAUGAACUCAUCACGUACGAAGCGUUGGGUCUUUGUGCCCCGGGGAAAGCCGGUGAACUCAUUGACUCUGGCAACAACACGUAUGGCGGCAAGUACGUGAUUAACCCAAGUGGUGGACUCAUCUCGAAGGGUCAUCCACUUGGCGCUACGGGACUCGCUCAAUGCAGCGAACUUGUCUGGCAGCUUAGGGGUCAGGCUGGCAAGAGACAAGUACCAAAUGCCAAAUUAGCCUUACAGCACAACAUCGGUUUAGGAGGAGCCGUAGUGGUAGCGCUCUACCGUUUGGGUUUCCCUCAAUUACAAUCCGGAAUAAUCCAGCGCAACAAUGUAGCAGCUAAAAAACAAGAAAUCGCAAGUAGCCCAGAUGGAUUCAAAGCCAAUGUUCUUUUCAAAGCAUUAGAAAUUGCCAUGGCUGAAGAUGAAGAUGGUUUGAUCGACAGAGUUCGCGGUAUCUAUGGAUUCAAAGUAAUCAACGGACCAGGCGGUGCAAUGGGCUACUGGGUUGUAAAUGCCAAAGUAGGCAAGGGAAGCGUCGAAUACAAUAGCAAAACUAAACCUGAUGUGACUUUUACCAUCAGUGACACAGAUGUCGUCGAUUUCAUAUCUGGUAAACUCAAUCCACAAAAAGCAUUUUUCCAGGGUAAAGUUAAGAUUCAAGGUAACAUGGGUCUUGCCAUGAAAUUACCUGAUUUGCAGAAAAGAGCUGCUAAGAAAAUUGAACUCAUCCGAGCGAAAUUGUAAGAUGUCGAUGGAUUUUAUUUCUGGGAUGGGAUAAAUUUUUCUUUUUUGUAUAUUUCGUAGCGUUUAGACAGUGCGCGGGUGUAUUCGUUUAUAUAUGACACAGACACAUAUAAUAAAGCUAUUUUGUAUACUAUUUUUUCAGACUGCGUGGUCAUUCUAUAUGCCUGGAUAUUUGGGCGUAGUUGUUAUUGUUUAUGUAAAAUUGUAAUGACUGUUAAGCGUAUACUAUCGAGCAGAUGGAUUUUUAAUAAAAAGUUUACAUAAAUUUUUAAU